UGUUCUUCUUUCACUAUUGCUCUCCUGUCUUAUUGUCCUCUCUCUCACAACCCCCUCGUCAAACUACUUAUUCUCGCCUCGCCUCACCCUCUUCCUCAACUUUGCUUCUUCAUUUAGCCUUUCCACAACUUUGUUUAACACUUGAACAAAACCCAACCAAGCCUUUCCAAUAACCUUGUCUGGAAUAGGAUUCAGCAUAUCGUCCCACCCCUCCCUUGGCUACAGCCGCCGCCUCCGCGCCGGGAUCUAGAUCUCAACAGUCCCCAGGAUAAUGGCGUCCACGGGCGACAGCCCGGGCUUCCGGGCCAAGAAACCCAAAAUGAAGCACAGCCCCAGUGCUUCUCCCUUCUACAACGCUGGCGUCGAAGAGCCGAAGAAACAUUUGUGCACAGGUUAUGGCGACGAAUACGACCACGACGACAGCGACGACGGCAUUCUCCCGACCCCGAGCCUCACCGAGGACGGUUCGUCGUUGCCAGUCUCUGCUGCCGCUGCUGCCGCAUCUUCGCCCUCCCCGCCGCCAGCUCCCGCCGUGGUUGUCCCGGCCAAGAAGCGGCCCUGCCCCGACGAGAACGACUUCCUCGCAGAGAUGGAGGCGCAGCUAGGCAGCAGCAGGGUGAUUACGCCGGCCCGUCGCCCCCUUGUUUUUGGCCGCAACGCGGAGCCACAGCAGCACCCGGGCAGUAGCAUCCUGUUCCACGGGGCCGUCGUGGCAGCCUUCAUCGAGUCGCUCGGCAGCGGCGUCAGCAACGCCAAGGAGAUCACCAUCGACACCAGCGACAUCGGCAUCGACGUGUUCGGCAGCCCGUUCCUCAAGACACUUGCUGAGAACGCGCGCCGCGGUGACUACGCGCGGGCGUACGCGCAGACGCGGGAGUACGCGCAGAUGUGGGAGUACGCGCAGACGCGGGAGGCAGCGCGGCUGCGGCAGGCGCGGUGGAAGCGCGGGCUGUGGGCCAAGAUGGACGCGUUCCUUUUGGCGACGGCAGCCGCGGCGCGCGGCGGCGUGGUGGUCAUCACGCCGUGGCGGUGCAAGAAGGCGCGGGCGGACGACGACGCGAGGAGCAAGGCCGAGCUGCUGCCGCUGCGCGAGGUCGGCACGCUCAAGGCGUACGUGGCGCGGCUCAUGGCGCAGGACGACGAUGACACCUCCGAAGUCACCAGCGACAAGAUGUACAACCUGUGGGACUACAGCUUCGAGGCCGGCCGCGAGCUGCACGGCGCGAUCCGCCGGCUGGCGGCCAUCAAGUGCGUGCUCGUCGGCGGCGGCGCGGGGCCCGACGAGGAGCGCGUCGGCGACAGCGAGCUGGGCGCGUAUCUCGACAUUGUCAGCCGCGGCAGCAGCAGCUCGGCCGAUCAGCACCAGCAGCAAAAGCAGCGCCGCGCGUUGCUCGAAGCGCAGAUCGAGGACGGGGACACGGACGGCAUCCUGCAGGCCGUGGCCGACGCGACGCGGCCGUACGACGUCCUCUACGGCGCCGUGGUCCGGUUGAGAAACGCCGCUGUUGCCGUGCACAAGGAGCUCCGCCGCUUUCGCCACGAGGAAGUAGAGCAGGGCGGUGCGGACGCAAGAGCCUCGGACUAGUGCGGGCCGGGAGAGGACUAUUGGUGAAUGUGUCUGCUGUUAGCGGGUUAGCCAGCCAGACG